AUGCAGGGUCAAAGCCUGCUCGGCCCGACUGGAGUUUCUUGUCCCAACAUUUGUCUCGAUACCAUCAACAUGUUCUCAUCAGCAUCCAGGCCGAUAUGUCGUCUCAGUCGAUCACUAUUCAGGGGGAAUUCACGUGCGUCAUUGGAUACCAGCAUCUUCAUUGCAACGCUCAACAAUGCCCUCUCAAGUUGUCAUCGGAAAUUAUCCCAAGCAGCCAGUGCAACUGAUAUCGAGGUUUCUAAACUGGCUAUCAGGACUACUGACACACCAAGAGCGAAAGUACCGGCAUCAGAACUAAAGUUUGGGCAAACGUUCACCGAUCACAUGUUGAUAGUCAAGUGGACACGACAGAAUGGAUGGAAAGCACCCGAAAUCAAGCCAUAUGGAAAUUUAGAGAUCGAUCCUUCCGCAUCGGUACUUCAAUAUGCUACCUGUUUGUUCGAGGGCAUGAAGGCUUACAAGUCCAGUGAUGGGAGGAUUCGUCUCUUCCGCCCUGAAAUGAACAUGAAGCGAAUGAAUCAGAGUGCUCGACGUUUGGCAUUUCCAAGUUUUGAAGGAGAACAUCUGCUAGAAUUGAUCAAAAAAUUAGUCAAAUUGGAUGGGGAUUGGGUUCCGACCGAAGCCGGUCAUUCAUUAUAUAUCCGCCCAACAAUAAUCGGAACAGGCGCGGGCUUAGGAGUGGGGCCGCCGACAGAACUAACUUUAUUCGUGAUUUGCUCGCCCGUCGGGCCAUACUACCGUACUGGAUUCAAACCAAUUUCCUUGCUCGCUAGCUCCAAGUACUGUCGGGCGUGGCCUGGUGGUUCUGGUGCUUUCAAGUUGGGGGCUAAUUAUCCAACUGGAUUUUUGCCUCAAAUGGAGGCUAACAGCGAUGGCUUUGAGCAAAUCCUUUGGCUUUUCGGAGACCAUGAUCACCUCACUGAAGUAGGAACGAUGAACUUAUUUGUUGCUCUUGAAGAUCAAUCUGGAAUGACAGAGCUAGUAACCCCACCGUUGGACGAUAAAAUUCUGCCAGGAGUGACCCGCUGUUCAGUGUUGGAACUACUCAGAAAUCACUUGGACGGUUCCCAGCGUCUAGAUGGUCUACCAACGAAGUUCAAACUAUCUGAGCGACCUAUCACCAUGAUCGAGAUGCUUGAAAGAUCGCAAUCGGGCCGUCUCAAAGAAGUUUUUGGCACAGGGACUGCUGCUAUAGUUUCAUCCGUUGAACGAAUCGGUUACAAGGGGAAAGAUAUACACGUUCCAGUUGGACCUGCCGGGUUGGGGCUCUUUGCGAAUGUUAUUCAACGUGAAAUCUUAGGGCGACAAACCGGCGAAAUUCCCAGUGAUUGGGCUGUAGUUAUUUAA